AUGAAAACCUCCAUCACGACUCUCCUCUCCCUGUUUCUCUUAACCCCCUUCGUUGAUGCCGCAAAACAAACCACUUCCUGGCUCGAACCAGAACAUGGCUUUUUCAACAUAGCCAACUUCACCUUUGACACGGGCGAGGUCCUAGACGACCUCGAAAUCCACUACCAGACUCUCGGGAAACUCAAAGUCAACAAAGACGGCUCCAACAAUGCUGUUGUUCUCCUCCACUCUACUACUUUGUCUGGCGAGCAGUUUCUCAGUGAGGACUUUGGUGCUGUCCUGUUCAACAAGGGUCAGCUGCUCGAUGCCAAUGAUUACUUCAUUAUCAUGCGUGAUGCCAUUGGACAUGGGAACUCGAGUAAACCUAGCAACACUGGCUUACGCGCUUCGUUCCCCAAGUACCAAUAUCCUGACAUCAUCCGUGCCGACCACCUCCUGCUGACUGACCACUUUGGACUGAACCGGACUCGCUUGACGCUCGGUGUUUCCAUGGGUGGAAUGCAUAUCUGGAUGAUGGGUGCUGAAUACCCUGGGUUUUCUGAUGCCCUCAUGCCCAUUUCUUCCUCCCCUGUUGAAGUCGCUGGACAUAAUCGUCUCUUCAGAAAGUUUAUCACUGAACUCAUCACUCUCGACCCAGCAUGGAAAGGUGGCGACUAUGAAGAACAGCCUGUCGCUGGUCUUGGCGGUUCGCUUAUGAUCCAAUUGACCAUGCUCUCAUCUCCGGCUUAUUGGCAGCGUGGCUUCCCCACACGCAAAGCAAUGGAUGAGUACGUGGACCAAGGCAUCAUCCCUCGCCUGGGAGAGUUCGAUGCCAACGAUCAGCUUUACGCUUGGAAUUCGUCUCAGACAUACAACCCCAAGGCCGGACUCAAAAACAUCAAGGUUCCUUUGACGGCUGUCAACACUGCGGAUGAUUGGAUGAACCCUGUCGAGUUGGGUUUUCUGGAGGACGGUGUUGUAAAUGAUAUGACACCUGGGUAUGGCCGAGCCAUAAUCCUACCUGCUAGCAAUGAGACUACCGGUCAUGAUAGUUAUAUCAAGGCGGAGCUUUGGAAAGAUGAGCUUGAGAAGCUGCUCGCCAGGUCAGGCUGA